AAAAAUAAAAGUUCAAAAGUUUUACCAAUGGCGAACCGAGUUCAGAUUCCCACUAACAACUCAGCUCUUAUUGCUAUGAUUGCCGACGAGGACACGGUGGUUGGAUUUUUACUAUCUGGAGUGGGUAAUGUUGACUUGCGGAGAAAGACAAAUUAUCUUGUCGUGGACUCAAAAACCACUGUAAAACAAAUUGAAGAAGCAUUUAAAGAGUUCACAACAAGGACAGAUAUCGCUGUCGUGCUGAUUAAUCAAUAUGUUGCCAAUAUGGUUAGGUUUCUGGUGGAUAGCCAUAACAAGCCAAUUCCAGCAAUUUUGGAGAUUCCAUCCAAGAACCAUCCUUAUGAUCCUGCACACGAUUCUAUCCUUUCACGAGUUAAACACCUCUUCUCUACGGAAUCAGUGGCUUCUAGGCAUUAAAGAACCAUCCUUAUGAUCCUCCAUUCCUUGUAUUAUUGCUUCAAUUAUUUUCUCUUUUCCCUACUUCCAAUUUGGAGAUAUGCUUUGAUGCCUUUUUUUCAGUUGAAUAAAUGAUGUUUGAAGAUUUCGACAAAA